CUUAACCUUUUCGAAGACGCCAUUUUCGUUCCAUGUCAGCUCACUCUAUCAUUUCUCCGAACUAACUACUUCCCUUCGUGCUGCCACGCUCAAUCCCUAUCCCUUUCUCCAUAAUCUCCACCAACUCUCCCCCACUUCUCCACACACACACUCUCUCUCUCUCCGUUCGAAUCUCGACGUCAAACAAUGGCCUUCGCACAACUCGCUCGCGCCGGCGGCCGCUGCUUUUCCACCGCGUCUCCUUCCCUUUCCGCGGCCACCGCCGACGCGCCGCCGCAGCUCCCGCCGUUCGAUCACCGGCCCAAGCCCUACAAGGGUCCUUCCGCCGAGGAAGUGCUCCAGAAGCGCAAGACUUAUCUGGGUCCUUCUCUGUUCUACUACUAUCAGAAACCUUUGAAUAUAGUGGAGGGCAAGAUGCAAUAUCUGUUUGAUGAGAAUGGGAAGCGCUAUUUGGAUGCUUUCGCCGGGAUCGUGACUGUUUCUGCUGGCCAUUGCCACCCGGAGAUUUUGAAAGACAUUGUUGAGCAGAGUGAGCUUCUGCAGCAUGCGACCACCAUUUACCUGCACCACGCGAUUGCUGAUUUUGCCGAGGGUUUGGCGGAGAAGAUGCCCGGCAACCUUAAGGUUGUGUAUUUUGUGAAUUCUGGGUCCGAGGCAAAUGAACUGGCGAUGAUGAUGGCUAGGUUGUACACUGGUAAUCUUGAAAUGAUAUCUUUGAGAAAUGGUUAUCAUGGUGGAAGCUCGAAUACUAUUGGCCUUACGGCUCUGAACACAUGGAAGUACCCCAUACCACAGGGUGAAAUCCAUCAUGUCAUGAACCCCGAUCCAUACCGAGGGAUCUUUGGCUCUGAUGCGGCUGGUUAUGCCAAAGAUGUAGAAGACCACAUUGCUUAUGGCACUUCAGGAAGAGUUGCGGGAUUUAUAGCCGAGACAAUUCAGGGAGUUGGAGGAGCAGUUGAAUUGGCCCCCAGGUACUUGAAGACGGUAUAUGAUACUGUUCGAAAGGCUGGUGGGGUAUGUAUUGCUGAUGAAGUUCAAACCGGGUUUGGACGAACAGGAAGCCACUAUUGGGGAUUCGAAACACAAGGUGUCAUCCCUGACAUAGUUACAAUGGCAAAGGGCAUUGGCAAUGGUUUACCACUAGGAGCAGUGGUGACAACACCAUAAAUAGCUAGUGUGAUGUCUCAGAAAAUCCAGUUCAACACUUUUGGUGGCAACCCGGUUUGCUCUGCUGGUGGACUUGCUGUCUUGAGAGUUCUUGACAAAGAGAAGCGUCAACAACAUUGUGCCCAAGUUGGCACUCACCUAAUUGGACGUUUGAGAGAUCUAAAGGAAAAAUAUGAAAGUAAUUUUCUUUCCAACUUUACUUUCAUCCCAUGUGAAGAUUAAAUUCUGUGCUUGCAUAUCAGAUGUUUUGCUAAUGCACAGCCGAUGGUGGCUCUAUAACCAAACCACAUACAACGUUAUGAAAAGUGUCUGCUUGGCUUGUAACAUCUCCUCCUGAUAUCCCUAGGGUAUUAAUCCAUGAGAAAAGCUCCAUGAGAAGCUCUCAUCUAGCCGUUGGUCUUCCAUUUGCUGCAUAAAUGGCCAAGCAGGCAAAUAUGAAUUGAUACAUUUAGAUAUUCUGAGAAUAAGAUGAAACUUCUUAUUUCUUCCUUACCUUUGGUAAUGGAUUCUUGGUCGUUAAGGGAUGAAUGAAUCUUGUAGUUAAAUGUCCAAUUUGGUUUCAGUCAUUGGAGAUGUUAGAGGCAGAGGGUUGAUGGUGGGUGUAGAGCUAGUGACUGACAGGAAGGAGAAGACCCCUGCCAAAGCUGAAACAGCAGUCUUAUUCGAGCAGCUCCGAGAUAAACUAAUAGAGCACAUUGCUAGUAGUUCUCUUCAAUCUGGUUUAUUAGCUACUCGUCAUUUAUCCCAGCCAUCUGCAGAGCUCGGUAUUCUAGUUGGGAAAGGAGGGCUCCACGGAAACGUCUUUCGAAUAAAACCACCUAUGUGUUUCUCCAAAGAUGAUGCUGGUAAUUCCCUUCCUCUCUCUCUCUCUCUCUCUCUCUCUCUCUAUCUAACAAGACUGACAACCUGAUCACUGAUUCAUGUCUAUAUGACCAAUAUCAAAGCCUUGCAUGCAAUGACUGUUUUCUCCCCCUUUUUGUGUAUGCAUAGACUUCCUCGUCGACGCAUUGGACUAUUCUAUGUCAAAGCUGUGAAGGUGAUUGGAAGAAAUCGAGAACGUGAACCUGCAAAUCUCUUUCAUUACAGAGCACUGUUGAUUUUAGGGAAUAUCAAGCUGCAUCUUGAAGAUACAAUCCGCACGGCUGCUGUCACUUCUAUCAUCCCCCAAGGUGUCCUUGAGAGCUUUACUUGUUUACUGAAUGUUUAGUCUCGAGUCAUAGGCAUCUUUCCAUAGAACGAGAGUUGUUCAAAAAGCUCUCGAAGUCUUAGUCGUUGCCUAGUUGUGUUUCUUUUGUUGGGAGCCUCAGCUUGUUACUUUGUUUCUAACUGUUGAUGAUCAAAAUAAAACUUGUUGCACAAAGCAUCAUUUACUCUUCUGCCUUCUAAGCUGUACCCCGUCCCAUUUCGAUUGAUGGACGACUGAACCUCCCAGAAUAAAAAAAACAAUAAUAAAUGUAUAUUACGAAA